CGUACAUGUCGAGUAGCCGGCAAAAUUACCCUAAUCCGUGCGAUAAUUACAUGUUGUUCGUGUUCAGGACAGCUUUUUGAGUUUAUAAAGACGGUGCACAUCUGCCAAGCGAAAUAAGCUGCUCACCUAACCAACAAACAUACGUGUAAACGCAACAUCAACAUUUCUUGUGCCAGACAUAUAGUCUAAGUUAGAAUGUGUUCGCGUAUCGCAAAAGCAAUGGACAAACGAAGCAUAUGUAGAUUAUGUAUCAACGAAGUCAAUCCGGAUGAUCCUGAUGUUCGCUUUCUUUUAGAUGAAACGAUACAAAAAGCGUUAAACCAUGUGUUUCCAUUCGAAAUAUACUACAGCGUGGACUUGCCCGUCAAUAUCUGCAAGAACUGCUCAUGGAAUGUGUUGGACUUCCUCAGUUACAGCGAGAUAGUGCAACACAAUCAGAAAAAGCUUGCCAGCCAACUAUUGCCAGACCAAGUUCAAAACUGCAACGUAAAUCAAGAACUGGACAUGGGAGACAUUGGUCAGAACAUUAACGCAAAAGAGCGACCUACAAAUCGGUCGGAAGAAUAUGUUGAUAAUAUGACAAUGGUAAACUGCAAAAAAGAAAUUGACGAUAUUUUGGUGACGAAUGAAAUUCACCCAGAUUCAAUUGAUUAUUCGUAUGAAACCUUGGCAGAAUUUAUUGGAAGCGUAACCUGUGAAAAAUACGAAAUCGUUCCAUCUGUUUACGACGAAACGCCCGAAUGUUCGAACAGUUCGAACACUUGCGAUGACUUGAGCGACAUAUCUGUGACUAAAAACGAAUCCCCCCAAUUCGACAAUGCCAUAAACAAGAAAGAUGGUAAAAAUGUUCGCAGAAUGCCACAUAAGCGAAUACCAAUGAAGAGAAAGACCAGGAGAAACAAAACUAAGUCGCGUGUCAUUAAAAAAACCAAACACACCGUAGAAACUAGUGGUGAUUAUUUUUGCAGCAAAUGCGAUAGGAAAUUCAGUAUUCUGCAGGAACUGCGGUACCAUAGACAAAAUCAUAUCGAAACAUGUACCAUCUGUAAGAAAACGUUAAACCAUAAAAGCAUGCGUAAACAUAAAGAAACGCAGCACAAAAGCAACAAACUUCAAAUGUAUGUAAAGUCAUUUCCCGACUUACGCGACACUCGAGGUACGCGAAUUCGAGAUACUCAAUCUAAAAUUUAAACAUUUUCACAGUUCGUGGAAUAACGUUUUUUUACCAAAUUUAUUUUUUUUCUUAAAAUACGUUAUAUUUCAUAAACGUUAUAACAUAAAAAUCUCUUUUGGUAAAAUGUUACUCUAAUUGACGAAAUUUCAAUUAUUAAAUGUUGUCACCUUUGUAACGUUCAAAGAAAUAUUGGAUCCCUGAGUACUAAAUCUAAACGGUAUUAUAAAGGGAAUUCGAGUUACGCGAAUUUCUCAGGCACGCAUUAUUCGCGUAACUUGGGACAAGACUGUACAUCCGUCGAGAUGUAUCCGAGUGUAGUCGAGAGGCAAUCAUAGAGUUUAUGAAAGCAUCUGAGUAUGGACGAAUAGUGCUGCUAGCCAUAUUAUACUCCUAGUUCCUACUCGAAUAGAACAGAAGAAGAAGUAUAUCUGUAAGUAACAAUCCAACAAGCAGCAAUAUGAAAUAAUAAAG